AUGUCAAAUUUGUCAAAGCUUGAGUUUGUGGCACUUGACAUUUCUGGAAAGAAUUACCUAUCAUGGGUUCUCGAUGCUGAGAUUCACUUAGCCGCUAAAGGCCUUGGUAACACCAUUACUCAGGGUUUGAAGGUAGAAUAUUUAACAGUGAAAGAUCCACUUGAAUUGUGGACUGGCCUGAAGGAAAGGUAUGAUCACCUUAAGGCUACGGUAUUGCCAAAGGCUCGAUAUGAGUGGAUGCACUUACGAUUGCAAGAUUUUAAAAUUGUAAGUGAGUAUAACUCUGUUGUAUUUCGAAUAACUUCUCAAUUGAAAUUAUGUGGGGAAGUUAUGAAUGAUGAGGAUUUGCUGGAAAAAACUCUUACAACUUUCUAUGCCUCAAAUAUGGUAUUACAACAGCAAUACCGUGAAAGGGAGUUUAAAAAUUAUUCUGAAUUGAUCUCAUGCCUUCUGGUGGCUGAGCAACAUAACACCCUUUUACUAAAAAAUCAUGAAGCUCGUCCCACAGGGUCAGCUCCGCUUUCUGAAGCAAAUAUGGCAGCUAGACGUGAUAAGUCUGGAAAAAGACAGAAUAAUAAUCAUGGCCAUAUGAAUGUACAUAGGUAUGGCAAUGGUAAGAGACGAUAUGAUAGUCGUCAUCGUGGUGGUCAUGGAAAACGAGAGAACAAUAUGGAUUCUCAAAACAAUCCUUCAAGAGGCAAAAGUGCUAACUGCCACCGCUGUGGCAUGAAAGGUCAUUGGAAAAUUAAAUGUCGUGCACCUGAGUAUUUUGUCAGGCUUUAUCAAAACUCCAUCAAAAGAAAGGCAAAUAAUAUUGGAGCAUCUUCUGCUAAUGCCCCAGUGGAGUCACACUUGACCUUUAAAAAUAAUUUUGAGGCAGGGCCUUCAAACAAAAAUGAUGACAAUGCCGAGGCAAAUCUUGCUUCGAAAGAUGAUGAUUUUCAAGGCCUCGAUGAUCUUACUCAUUUGGAAGUUGAAGAUUUCUUUGGAGAUCAAAACUAA